UGUGCGUGUAUGUGUGUGCAUGCAUGUGUGUGUGCGAUUGUCCUCCUCCCUCAGUCUCUCCAUGGCUGGAUUGUGGCAGCAGCUCUGCUCCCUGUGGCAGGGUCGGGCUCCGGUGGUGCUCCACUUUAUCUGGCUUCUCCUCCCGGCCUCAGGUGCUCUUCCCUGGGAUACCGAACACAGCUCGCAGGGGUUCGAGGUGGUGAGGGGGAAUUUCUCUCGCACUUUCCUUCGCGUUGGCUACCAUAAGAUCGCAGAGAUUCCUGCAGGAGCGCGCAACAUCAGCAUCCAGGAGACGGUGAAGAGUCGAAACUACCUAGCUCUGCAGUCGCAAAGUGGCGUCUCCAUCAUCAGUGGAAACUGGGUGAUCGACAGGCCUGGCAUCUACACCGCCCUGGGAACACAGCUGACGUACAGACGGCCCAAUGAGAUCCGCUCUCGCAAUGGAGAGUCCAUCACCGCAGCGGGGCCGCUGAGCGAGGAUCUGCAUGUCUAUUUGAUCUACCAGCAGCCUGGCCCGAGCAUAUACUAUGAGUACAGCAUACCUUUAAACAGCACCCCGACUCCAGAGCCAGCGACAUUUGGUCCACCCCCCACAGAUGAGAGGCUAAACAAAGGUGGCAUCAAUAACAAUGACAUCAUCACGGUGACAACCCAUCCCAACCAGCUUUCCCCUGAAACCAGCUUGAACCCUCAGCCUCGGCCUACGUACGCCUGGACAAAGCGCGGACACACAGAGUGCAGCACGACCUGCGGCACCGGAAAGCGUCGGGUGCUCUGGGAGUGCGUCGAGAAGGUUUCUCAGACGGCCGUCCGCGACGAUCUCUGCGACCCCGCCGCUGAGCCGACGAGCCGGGAAGAGGACUGCAGCACCCGGGACUGUCCCGCGUACUGGGACGUGGGGGAGUGGUCCGAGUGCAGCAGGAUGUGCGGGCCCGGGACUCAACAUCGCCAGGUCCUCUGCCGCCAGGUCACCCACGUGCACGUCAACGGGUCGGAGACUUCGGUCACCGUGGCUCCGGAGCUGUGCGGGCCGUCUGACAGGCCGGUGACCAAGUCGACGUGCCAGCUGAAGAUUUGCAGUCAGUGGGAGAUACGGUCCGAGUGGAGCCCCUGCUCAGUGCCAUGCGGAGUGGGCCAGCGCAGCAGGGAGGUGGUGUGCGUGAGCAACGUGGGUGACGUGGAUGACGAUCAGGAGUGCAACAUGAACCUGAAGCCAGACACUCUGCAAAACUGCGACAUGGGAGUCUGUGCACGCAGCUGGUUCACCUCACUCUGGAGCCAGCAGUGUUCUGCAGAGUGCGGGAAAGGCAAUCGAACCAGGUCGGUGGUGUGCCUGAUGGACCACGUGACCAAUCUCCCACUGGACAGCUGCGAGGGGGAACGCCCGCCGGAAGUGACGUCGUGCGACUCGGGCCCCUGUCAAAAUCAGUUGGAGUGGUACACAGGACCUUGGGGUCAGUGUUCUGCAGAGUGCGGGAACGGCACGCAGAGCCGGAGCGUGGCUUGCAUUUUCAACAGCAACGGCCAGAUGGAAGUGGUGGAGCAGGCGAAAUGUUCCAGACUCUCUCAGCCAAUCACAGCUCAGCCGUGCAGACUGAAGCCAUGUGGCGUCCAGUGGUACGUCACAGAGUGGAGUGCGUGUUCGCGCUCCUGCAACGGCGGCUACCGCGUGCGAGAGGUGCGCUGCCUCGCUGACAACGUCGCCCCGAGCGACCGCUGCGACUCCGGUUUGACGCCGGAGAGUCAAGAAGAAUGCAACAAGCAGCCGUGUCUGGCUGAAAUAAAUCCGUCCUGCAGCGAUCAGUACCAUAACUGUAAUGUGGUGGUUCAAGCCAGACUUUGCAUUUACACAUACUACCGGAGCGUGUGCUGUGCCUCCUGCUCCCGCGCCCAGAAAACGUACCCCAAGUCGUUUCAAAAGAACCAAAUCCGCAGGUGAUUCAAAAAGUAAGGGACGCCAACGUGACGAGGAGAGCUUUGUCUUCUGCCUCCGGUUGGGGUUUGUAACAUUCUGUCACCGGUACUAAGUAACAGACCGGGUGAUCAGACGGACGUGUUCCUCUGUUUUCUUUGUACUCGUACCACAGCUUGAGCACUGCUGUACAAAUCUCAGUUUUUGUUGUCAGCAUAUCUGGUCACAUUUUACAUGAUACAUGUAUAUUUAUUCUUAAUAAAGGGUGUGUAACUUUU